AUGGUUAGUGAUUUUGUGCAUCAGUAUGAGAAAGCUAUAGAUGCACGUUACUUUAAAGAGAAAGAAAAUGAUGUGCGGACAAAAUCUAAACGGACGAUAAUGAAGACACCUUUUAAAAUUGAAGAGGAGGCAGUGAUUGUUUAUAGAAGAAAGUCUUUCACAAUCUUCCUAGAUGAGCUGUUCAAUAGUCUAUGGUACCAAGCAAGAGAAUUGUAUGUGAGUGGUGAGGCCAAGACAUAUGGAGUGACAGCCCAUGGUAAAGAAACACCUAUUUACCACGUGACUUUGGAGGGUGAUGAAGGACAUGCUACAUGUACAUGCCAUAUGUGGGAGUUUAUGGGGAUUCUUUGUAGACACGUAUUAUGUGUUUUUGGCAAGAAAGGGAAGUUAAAUAUAUUGCCACAACAUUAUGUUCUAGAUAGAUGGACUAUUAAUGCUAAGAGUCGACCCAUUCCAAACAUACCAUGUUCUGAUGACCAAGUCCGGCAAGGACAAUAUGAGGCUACGAUGAGAAAAAGUAAGUCAAUGAUACAACUUUAUGACAUUGUUGAACUUGCAUCACAGUCAGCUAAAAAACACAAUCACUUUACACUUGCUUUGGAGAAGGUUCACAAAGAGUUGUUUGCAAUGGAAGAUCAUGUAGAAUAUUCACAAACGAUGCCCACCAAUGAAUGUAUACCAUCUAGAAGUCAAUUUAUAUCGAACUUUUCACAAACGGUGCAGGAUCCUUUACGGGUGCCCACAAAAGGGCAACAAAGUCUUUGA